AUGGCGCGCUGCGGAUGGUCGCCUCCUCCACGGCCAUUCACGCGCGGCAAAUCAGGCAGUCCGGUGCUGCAGGACUACUUUCUCAGACGUGGCGCAGGCGAUGAGGAGGUGGGCUGCUCGCUGGAUGAGGAGAUCUUGAUGAUGACGGACGCGGAGAAGGCGGACUUUGCGGAGAUGCAGAGCAGGUUGGAAGAGCAGCAUCUAUCGCAAUUCUACCAUUAUCAUUGUCCCCGCCCUUCCGAGGGAUGGGUGAGUAACGACGCCAUCAAUGUUGGGGAUCGGCCCCACCGCGGCGUUCGAAGAGGCAGUAGUGUUGAUAUUAGAGUAGACCUCGGGCCGAGGGCGGCGUCAAGUGCGCGCCCCCGUAUCAGUCCAAGCAGGAGCAGCAGCAGUAGAAGAAUGAGAGGACGUAGACGCACCAACUCUCUGGAGAGUUAUGGUAUGCCGACAUAUCACAGUGCGCAGCGCUCCAGGGAGCGGCGGGUGCUGUAUGAGAACCUGCUGGAGGAUGAGUUGACGUUUCACCCGCAGAUCAAUCGGACGAAUGUCCUACCGCGCUACCUAGACGACACAGCGCGGCGAACCAAACGAAGUGACGUGGUAGAUAAUACAGCAGAGGCGACAAGCUUCAAGCCUGUCGUGAACCGCCUGCCGAGCUUUUCCGUCUCAGACCGGCUGAGCCGCUACCUCCGCAUGCCGGUCCACAAGCGCCUCGGCGGUGCGGCAUCUGCCUCUCCGAGGCGUGCGGAACACCACCACCAGCAGCAGCAGCAGCAAGAACAACAACAACAACAGGUGCGCCAACAGCAACAGCGGAGUGCUGAAAAUGAAAACCGGCUUGCGCAGUCGUUUCUGCGGCGCCUCGAAGAAAGUAAUCGUCGCAGGGAAAAGAACCUCGAGCGAAUCACUGCGGUGCACGAGCGCGAGCUGACACUCCGGCCGGUGCUGGCGCCCGGUACCCGGCACCGGCGUGUGUCGUCGGCUGUCGCCGAGCAGAUCCGUGGGAGGCCAACGACGUCCAGUGCAGCGUUGAAUGUAUGCUCAGAAGAGGAUGAGACAGCAGCUGAAGUAUCACAAACUCCGGAGCAGGAGAACUACAGUCCACAAAUCAACCCCAGGUCGCAGGCCAUGAAGCGGACUGUGGAUGAUCUACGCCUGUUCGAACAGCGUCGACAGCAGCGUCUGCGGCAGCUGCGCGUGGAGCGAGAGGCAGCAGAGCGCGAGGUGAUGUCAGGCACGCCAACCGUUAGUAUUGGCUCGCGGCGACUGACAGAGAGAGUGUUCGGCGCCGACAUUACCCACGACGCCAUUCAACAGCACCUGCAGCGCCACGCCCGGAUACGCGCGGCUGCACUGCGUGCCGAGUACGAGUCAAGACGGUGCGAGGAUGAGGCGCAGCUCACAUUCCGACCGGAGGUGCAUGCAGCGCCGCCAUACGUGCGCGACAUUGCGCGGGAGCUGGUGAUGAAUAAGUCACUCGCACCGAAGGCGUCGAAGCAAAGGCCGGUGUUCUGUUUUUCAUGA